AUGGAAGAAGGACCUUUGACAGAAAGCAUGAAGGUUCCAUCCCCAGCUACCUACCUAAGUCACAUGCGAUGCCCAUACAAAUACAAACAAAGACAAUGGCUCAGACAGCAGCUGUCUAACGUCUGUUAUCACAAGACAGAUUCCAUGGAUAAUAGUUACAGACCAGACAGAAUCGAAGAUCCCUGUCCACUCGACUCUGUCGAUUUAUUUCAUCUCGACGGAAUAGUCGAUUCAUGCGGAUGGAUUGAUAGUACUCCUAUGUACAUGACCCUCCCAGGAGUCAAGUCACAAAAACAUGCAAAUCCUCAAGCCAAUCAAUCCAUCCGACAAAACCCAACAUGCAAUGCAUGCUUUGCCAAACACGAAAAAGAGUGGAAACGAUGCUCGUGCAGGGUAUGCAAGGAACGACCAACUACGAAGACGAACAGCGCGCUGCGAACAGACAGACAGACAGACAGACAGAUAGAAAAAGAAAAAAGAAGCAUGGAUUACAUGUACAGCCAUGCAAGUAGUAAGGAUGAACACUAG